CGCUCGCGUCCCCGCAGCGCACGACCGCGGCACUGCGGCUGCAGCGCUCCAUACCCCGCCCGCGCCGGAUUCCUGGGGGGAGGGGGAGGGGGUGGGGGUGGGGCCCAGAGGUGCAGGACCAUCAGUCCACACGAGCCGCAACGCCAUGAGUCGGGAAUGACGCCCCUGCUCCCUCCCCUCGUUCCUGUUUCUCGGAGUUUUUCGACCCGUGAGCGCGUCGCUGAGUCACCUUACCGUAACGCGCUCGGGACGCUCUGGACCCAGCGGGGACUGCCCGGGGGCCGCGCAGGGCGAAGGCGCACCCGCCGAGACGCGCGCGGAGCUGCGGCCCCAGGGACCCCGCGUCCCAGCCUGUGCCCCCCCCACCCGCCCGGGGACUCUCGGGUACCGCCCGUCUGACCCCCCAAGUGUUGGGAAACGGGGCCGAGCUGCCUGGGUCCUCCCGGAGAAGACACCGCGGAGGCGUGCCGGAGUUCAGGGCGCCGCCCGGCUAAUUGACUGCGUGCUCCUCCCGGACCUGCCUCUUCUCGACUUUUAAGAAGCGAUGAGAGAGGGAUCUAACUCGAGGUGCUCGCGGACACGUUCUGUGGCUUGCCGCGAUAAGUGUAUCACAAACACACUGACAAGCGCGUCCCCAUCGGCCUCCAAGGAGAUCCAGCCGCCGCAGGGAAUGACGCCGGUGCUCCUACAGCCACGGCUCCGGACGGGGAGGGCGAGCCCCACAGCCGGCCCUGCGACGCCCGCCUGGGCAGCACCGAUAAGGAGCUGAAGGCAGGAGCCGCCGCCACGGGCAGUGCCCCGACAGCGCCAGGGACCCCCCGGCAGAGGGAGCCACGGGUCGAGGUUAUGGAUCCAGCGGGCGGCCCCCGGGGCGUGCUCCCGCGGUCCUGCCGCGUGCUGGUGCUGCUGAACCCGCGUGGCGGCAAGGGCAAGGCCCUGCAGCUCUUCCGGAGUCACGUGCAGCCCCUUUUGGCUGAGGCUGAAAUCUCCUUCACGCUGAUGCUCACUGAGCGGCGGAACCAUGCGCGGGAGCUGGUGCGGUCGGAGGAGCUGGGCCGCUGGGACGCUCUGGUGGUCAUGUCUGGAGACGGACUGAUGCACGAGGUGGUGAACGGGCUCAUGGAGCGGCCUGACUGGGAGACCGCCAUCCAGAAGCCCCUGUGUAGCCUCCCAGCAGGCUCUGGCAACGCGCUGGCAGCUUCCUUGAACCAUUAUGCUGGCUAUGAGCAGGUCACCAAUGAAGACCUCCUGACCAACUGCACGCGGUUGCUGUGCCGCCGGCUACUGUCACCCAUGAACUUGCUGUCUCUGCACACGGCUUCGGGGCUGCGCCUCUUCUCUGUGCUAAGCCUGGCCUGGGGCUUCAUUGCUGAUGUGGACCUAGAGAGUGAGAAGUAUCGGCGCCUGGGGGAGAUGCGCUUCACUCUGGGCACCUUCCUGCGUCUGGCAGCCCUGCGCACUUACCGUGGCCGACUGGCCUACCUCCCUGUAGGAAGAGCCGGCUCUAAGACACCUGUUUCUCCCGUUGUGGUCCAGCAGGGCCCCGUAGAUGCACACCUUGUGCCAUUGGAGGAGCCAGUGCCCUCUCACUGGACAGUGGUGCCCGACCAGGAUUUCGUGCUGGUGCUAGCGCUGCUGCACUCGCACCUGGGCAGCGAGAUGUUUGCGGCACCCAUGGGCCGCUGUGCAGCUGGUGUCAUGCAUCUGUUCUAUGUGCGGGCGGGAGUGUCUCGGGCCAUGCUGCUGCGCCUCUUCCUGGCCAUGGAGAAGGGCAGGCAUAUGGAAUAUGAAUGCCCUUACUUGGUAUACAUGCCUGUGGUCGCCUUCCGCUUAGAGCCCGAGGAUGGGAGAGGUGUGUUUACAGUGGAUGGGGAAUUGAUGGUUAGCGAGGCUGUGCAGGGCCAGGUGCACCCAAACUACUUCUGGAUGGUCAGUGAGUGCGUGGAGCCCCUGCCCAGCUGGAAGCCCCAGCAGACGCCACCUCCAGAAGAGCCCUUAUGACCCCUGGGCCACGCUGUGCCUUAGUGUCUACUUGCAGGACCCUUCCUCCUUCCCCAGGGCUGCAGGGCCUGUCCACAGCUCCUGUGGGGUGGAGGAGACUCCUCUGGAGAAGGGUGAGAAGGUGGAAGCUAUGCUUUGGGGGGACAGGCCAGAAUGAGGUCCUGGGGUCAGGAGCCCAGCUGGCUGGGCCCAGCUGCCUAAGGCCUUCCAAUUUGUUCUAGGACCCCCACCCCAUGAACCAAAUCCAAAUAAAGUGACAUUCUCAG